AUGCACACAAAUCUAUCUAUCUAUCUAUCUAUCUAUCUAUCUCACUGGUUUAUUCACAUCUAUCUAUCUACUUCGUCAAUUCAUAUCUAUCUAUCUAUCUAUCUAUCUAUCUAUAUUUCAUAUCUAUAUAUCAAAACUUUUCCUUUUUUUAUCUAUCUAUCUAUCUAUCUAUCUAUCUAUCUAUCUAUCUAUCUUUCUUUGUGGGUUAUCUAUCUAUCUAUCUAUCUAUCUAUCUAUCUAUCUAUCUAUCUAAAUUUCAUUCUUUCUUAUUCUUUCUUUCUUUCUUUCUUAUUCUUUCUUUCUUUCUUUCUUUCUUUCUUAUUCUCUCUUUCUUUCUUAUUCUUUCUUUCUUUCUUUCUUAUUCUCUCUUUCUUUCUUUCUUUCUUUCUUAUUCUCUCUUUCUUUCUUAUUCUUUCUUUCUUUCUUUCUUAUUCUCUCUUUCUUUCUUCUUAUUCUCUUUCUUUCUUAUUCUUUCUUUCUUUCUUUCUUAUUCUCUCUUUCUUUCUUCUUAUUCUCUCUUUCUUUCUUAUUCUUUCUUUCUUUCUUUCUUAUUCUUUCUUUCUUUCUUUCUUAUUCUCUCUCUCUUUCUUAUUCUUUCUUUCUUUCUUAUUCUUUCUUUCUUAUUCUUUGUUUCUUUCUUAUUCUCUCUUUCUUUCUUAUUCUUUCUUUCUUUCUUUCUUUCUUAUUCUCUCUUUCUUUCUUUCUUUCUUCUUAUACUAUCCUUUAGUUGCUUUUUCUUUCCUUUUCUUUGAUUUCUUUCUUCAUAUCACUUUCUUUUACUACUUUUCUUCUGUUUUUCUUUUUCGUUCUUUCUUUCUUUCUUGUUUUCUUUCUUUAUUCUUCUUAAUCUUUCUUUCUUUCAGUCUUUCUUUUUUUUCAACAUGUAUGUCUCUCAAAUUAUUUAUUUUUCCUCUUCUAAAAUAUUUUCCUCCCCUUUCCGCUGCUUUCUUCAUUUCUUUAUUUAUUCCUUGUUCCGAAUGUUUUCUUUCAGUUUCCCAUUUACCCUUCACUUUCUUUCUUUUUACUUUCUAG